AUGAAGCUUCCUGGUGCUCAACGAUCACUGCUCAUCACCUAUUGCUACUACUGGCCGCCGCCGGCCGAACACUAUUCAACUCGUUCACGCGUAUUUUCCUCAUCUGCCCAUCACCCUCCGAAUAGCUUGAUCGCCGUCCCAAGUCUGCACGCAAUAUUCAGCCCAUCUAUCUACCUCUCUCAUCAUUCAUGCACAUCGCCUCUUUUCCCACAGUUGGCUUCCAAGUACGACUCGGCCAUCGGUCAUCUCGGCCUCUCUACUGAGCCCGCUCAGGGAUAUGGAUCGGCUAAGGAAUUUUGGGUCACUCGGGUCGCCUCCACUUUGGUUCGAAGCGUAUCCGUAGUCUUCCCAAGUCCCAAAGUCACUUUUCAACCCAUGCCCGGUCUUGUCUUCUUGUCGACACCCCCCUCUUCAUCGUCGUCGUCGUCUUCUUCCUCUUCCACCCCCUCCGUCUCCCACACGCCCUCCUUUUGCAUUCGUACCCCUGCCCCCCUUGGCUUGCCCUGGCCCCCCUCCCUUACCAUGACUCCCCUGUCGCCAAAAGCUUGGCCUUCGCCGGGGGGUGCGACUGCUAGUGUGGGCUUGCGCGUGUUGUAUCAGGAUAUAUAUGGUACAGGUGCUGCUCCAGCCCAGUCAGACGCCUUUGAACUCCAUACCUGGCACGUCUCGCAAGCCUGCCAAAAGCAGCUCUCACCAACUCCAACAUCCCGCUCACCUUCACCAUCUCCACCCUUUCGAAGCUUGACCUUCUGUCAUCACCCAUCACCGCCUGCGAAACACCUUCAUCCUAUCGUCGAGGAGCUCAUCGUCGCCCUCACCUGCCUAGAACCUGAAGAGCUAACCCACUUUGCUCUGCGUCAUCUAGCCUACGCAAUUCGUUUCUCUUUUCUCGAAGCGUUUGUCAGCGGUAUCAGCACCCGCUGCUCACCACCUACGCGUCCGCUUCUCACAGAACAAAAGCUCUUUCAUAGAGAAAGCUUGGACCUUCAGCCUUUUCCGACGAGACGUCUCACCCUGAUUUGCCUUGAACAAUCUCUUGGCGUGACAGACGGACACCACCAGGCAACUCGGGCCAAGGAUCUUUUUCUGUCGAGGGCAACUUGUGCCGAUUUCUACUCAAUCUAUCCCUACCCCCCAAACGAACUCAGUGGGGCCGCAGUGGAGGACCACCGGAGAGUUACUUUCGGACCAGCCUUCCCUUCUUCUCACCUUGAUAUAAAGGUUCUUCCCAUCCUACCUAUCAAGACCUCUUGGUAG